AUGGCAUUAACUACCAAGGCCUCGACAUAUGACUUUUAUCGCGCUCUUGAAAAGUCAACAAACAACACAGGGAUUAACCUCCCACCCUCGCGUUACCCUGCACUAUUCCGGAUGAUUCUUCAAUGGCGGCAUUUACAAAUGCUAAAGUGGGCGGGGAGAGGGCAUAGCCCCACAGGGGCUGCAGGUACAGGCAAGGGUGAGCUUGCAAUUCAGUGCCCGUCUUGCCCACAUCCCAGUAUAAAUCUUCCUGUUGGCUGGGAAAAUGCGCCAGACGAAAUGAAAUUCCUCUAUAUGGUUAUGAUAUGCAUGGACGCCAACUUCCGAUUAAAAAAUCAGAUGGUGUCUAACUGGUCUCAAGACCCUGGGCUUGGAAUCGGGUGGGCGUAUAUGAUACCACUCAAAGGAUAUGAGGAGUAUGUCAAGAGCCGGCUGUCAGACAAAGACAUAAGCACAUGCGUUGGGUUUCAAGCACUAGCCAAGGCCAAUACAAAAUUUUCAAUUGGACUACGUUACACGGGCCUGGGACUUACAGUAUGCGGUCGCUCAGAGAUGAUUAUGAGAGUUGGAAAUCUACAUAAGGGAGAAAGAUAUGCCAACAUGGACUACAUUUUUGCUUCAAUUCUUCGAACAUUGGCUGUACAAUUUGUGCUGGCAAGCUACGAUAUAGCUUGUCAGUGGUUCAUCAAUCUUCUUCGGCGAAUCGAAACACAGUGGCCAGAUGAAAUCAAGCCACGUUCCAACAUCACACUGAUGCCCGCAAUCCCCAAGCUGCAUGAGCCAAUGCACAAGCAGCAAAAUCAUGAGCUAUACUCCUACAACUACAUGCCUGGUGUUGGUUUAUCAGACGGAGAGUGCCCCGAGCGUGUAUGGGCGCCGCACAAUGUCCUGGCAAACGCAACCAAGACUCAGGGUCCGGCCGGGUUCACGACAUGA